AUGGCAGAAAACAGGACAUCCAUCGGAACGGGCGGUGGUUGGAGCAGGCCCAGCACGGGCUCAGCAGCCAGCAUCGACAGCAACGGGCCUGUCGCUGGCGAGACGGUCGAGCGGCCGGCUCCGGUGUCGGACAUGAUGCCGUCCGAGACCAAGGAGACGGCCGUGGUGGUCGAGACGGAGCCGGUGCCGGCGCCACCCUACAGCAUCUACAACGGACGCGAGAAAUGGUUCCUCGUGGCCAUGGUCGCAGUGGCCGGCUUCUACAGCCCGCUGCCGGCCAACAUCUACUUCCCAGCCAUCCCGCAGAUGGCCAAGGCCUUCCACAAGAGCACCAGCGCGCUCAACCAGACUGUCACGGCUUACCUGGUCAUGCAGGGACUCUCCCCCAUGUUGUGGGGCCCCCUGUCCGACCGCUUCGGUCGCCGUCCCGUCCUGAUGGGCUGCAUGGUCGUCCUGCUCGGCUCCUGCAUCGGCCUGGCCCUCUGUCCCGUCAGCGCCUUCUGGCUGCUCAUCCUCUUGCGCUGCGUCCAGGCUGCCGGCUGUGCCAGCACAAUUGCCCUCGGCGCCGGUGUCGUCGGCGACAUCUCCACGCCCAAGGAGCGCGGUGGCUUCUUUGGCAUGUUCAACAUCGGGCCCAUGAUUGCCCCGUGCAUUGGCCCCGCCAUCGGCGGCAUCAUUGCCGAGAAGCUCGGCUGGCGUGCCAUCUUCUGGACGCUCGUCAUUCUGGCCGCCCUCUGUCUCGUCUUUAUCCUGUGCUUCCUUCCUGAGACCCUACGGCGACUCGUCGGCAAUGGCAGUGUCCAGCUUGGCGGCAUCUACCGGCCGCUCGUUCCCAUCGUCGCCCGCAACAGAUCUCCAUCGCCGCCAUCACCGACUCUUCAGCAGCAGCGCCCCCCGUCUAUGAACCCGUUUGUCAUCCUGACGUAUCCCGACGUCAUCGUCAGCCUUGCCUUCACUGGCAUGGUCUAUGCCGUCAACUAUACCAUCACUGCUACUAUCUCGUCGUCCUUUGCCGAUCUCUUUCCCUACCUGACCGAGAUCGAGAUCGGCCUCUGCUACCUGCCCACCGGCGCCGGCAUGAUCGCCGGCAGCACGCUGACCGGCAAGCUGCUCGACCGUGAGCACGCCCGCUUCAGGCGUGAGACGGACGCUGCCUCCGAUGCGUCCGGCGUCGAGGUACCCUUCCCCAAAGAGGUCGCCCGUCUGCGCCUCAUGCCUAUCCACCUCGUCAUCUUCACCGCCUGCGUCUACUCCUGGGGCUUCUGCCUCCGCUACAAGGCCCCAUUGGCUGUCCUCCUGAUCAUCCAGGUCGUCCUCGGCUACACGUCCAUUUCCAUCCUCAAUACGACCAUGACGCUCCUCAUCGACAUUCUGCAGACGAGAAGCUCCUCAGCAACGGCUUGCACAAACCUGGUGCGAUGCCUGCUGGCCGCUAUACUGGUGGCUGUCAUUAACAAGAUGACCACUUCUCGGCUGGGGCCGGAGUAUACAUAUGUGUUGUUUGGAGCAAUCUGUACUCUGCUCCUGCCUUUGAUGUACGUAGAGAUGAGGAUGGGACCCCGUUGGAGGCUGAAAAGGGAGUCGAAGGAGAUGGAGUAG